AGAACGUAACCACCACCGAGGAGGCACACGCAGAACGACCGUUCUCGCUCAAAAGACCCGGGACGGAGUUUCGACCCUCUCUUCCGUACGACGACCCAAGAUGGCGGGGCCCGUGGCUGAAAACCAGAUUCAAGAUGGCGGCUUCCGGCUUCCCCCGCAGCGUCGCGCGUGGCCGCCGAGGCCACGCCCACUUCCGGCUCCUGGGCCUCAGCAUGGCUGCCUUGGGUACUCUGCUGCCGACAGGUGUCCGGAGGCUGCACUGCAGCGUGGUGGCUCGGGCGGGCAGCCAGUGGCGACUCCAGCAGGGCCUGGCUGCCAACCCCUCCGGCUACGGGCCGCUGACGGAGCUCCCAGACUGGUCGUACGCUGAUGGCCGCCCUGCUCCUCCAAUGAAAGGCCAGCUUCGAAGACAAGCCCAAAGGGAAAAGUUUGCGAGACGAGUUGUACUGCUGUCACAGGAAAUGGAUGCUGGAUUACAGGCAUGGCAGCUCAGGCAGCAGGAGAAGUUGCAGGAAGAAGAAAGGAAGCAGAAAAAUGCUCUUAAACCUAAAGGGGCUGCACUGCAGAGCCCUCGAUCAAAGCAGAAGAGCUUGGACGGCAGGAAGAACAGGCUGUAAGAUCACUGUGCACAAGGGUUGGCUCCAUGCCCUCAUCCCUGGCUCCAUUCCAGUUUGGUGGAAUCUUGCUCUGGGAUAUUUAGUUCAUCCUUUGCAGGCCAUGGGACUGGCCCAACUAGGAGCAGUAGCUGCUCUGCGAACAUGAAACGGGGGAAGCAGUUUUCCCGGUUUUAGCCAGGCAUUCAAGCCUUGAAUAGCCUAUACACAGCUCAGGCCGCGUGCAGUUAUGCAUUUAAUAAAUGUUCUGAUGAAAAAG